AUGGGAGAUAAUGUUGAGUAUUGGUCAGCCAUUGGCCUGUAUGAAGGUCAUCGAUUGGCGAAGUUGGAACCUGAGUACGUUGAGGGCAUUGAGGACAUCAUCAAGAAUGCUAUUGAAGGCGAUGUGCCCCUUCGGCACACUUACAAUGUGAGUCCUCAGGAGGCCAGGGCUGUUAUUCAGAAGUGGCGGUCUGCGAUUGCCAAGGAGCUCGGUGUGGUUGAGCGUGGAUUCAAGAGAGUUUCGGUGAAGGAUGUGGUUUCCCUGAAGCAAUCCUGCACUGUACAAGAGCUUCCCUCCAAACUGGUAUAUACAGUCAAACCACCGUCUGGAGAACAAGGGCUUGGAGGUGAACAGCUAUAUUGUCGGCGCAAGGCACGCAUCGUGUGCUGUGGGAAUUAUGCUGCAGCAGACCAAGAUGAGUUGUACGCUGGAGGGGCGGCAGCGGAGAGCUUGAGAUGUGCAUUAACCUACACGGCCAAGCGCCGGUGGAGAUCCGGAAUACUCGACAUCACCGGGGCUUUCAUGCUUACCCCCCUCCCUGUCGGACGGGGACAGGUGGUCUACUUGAUCCGGCCGCCAGCGGCUUUGAUCCAGCUUGGUUUGGCAGAACCAGACGAACGAUGGAUGCUUACCCAUGGAAUGUACGGACUGAGACAAAGUCCCAAGCUUUGGUCCUCCUUCAGAGAUCAAGAGAUGAAGAAGAUGGUUGUGGAGUAUGAGGGCAAGACUUGGACGUUAACUCAGGGGACGGCAGAGCCAAACAUGUGGUUAUUGUAUCCAGAGGGUGCCUCUACAGCUCAGGAGCCGGAUGGAUUGGUUCUCGUCUAUGUCGACGACAUCCUGAUAUGUGGACCUGAUUGGUUGGUCCGGGCUACAGCUACUACAGUGCGUGGGGUUUGGAAGGCCUCAGAGCUGGAAAUGUUGGAUGCUGAUCAUGAGAUACGCUUCCUCGGCUGUGAGAUCGCUGUAACCGAGGGGUACGACGGAAUCUACAUUCACCAGCGCCCCUACAUUGAGGAGGUUCUUCGCCACCACUCCACCCCCCAUACAGAGCUGUCACCUAUCCAGGCUCCAAAAGAGAUGGUUUCUUUCGAGGCUAGAGAAGGGGAGGAGGCUGGUACAGACGAGCAGGUGAAGCUGGCCCAGAGGGCCUGCGGAGAGUCGUACCUGCAACGAACCAAAACUUUGGCCCUCUCCUUACGGCCCACCAACGAGGACUGGUUGCGGUGUGGCUGGGAGCUCCAGUGUGCUGGAGGGCUUGUGAUGGCCCGAAGUGUGGAGUCGGUCCUUUACCAGAUGAAGAAGGAUGUUGGAAAGAUCUAUCUACAGGUCGCAACCAGCAACCUCACCACUUGCUUCCGCUUCUUCCUCUACUACGUUUGCGAGACGGUCUCCUACCACGACAAUGAG